UUAGCUUGUGGUGGUGUGUGUCCUGUGGGUUAUAUUUGCCCAAAGGGCACAAAACAUCCGCACCAGUACCCCUGUCCUGUCGGAACUUGGAGCAGCUCUGUGGGAGCUCAGAACCUGUCUUUCUGUCAUCCCUGCCCUCCUGGACUUCACUGCAACAGUUCUGGACUAAGUCAGCCUUCAGGAAUAUGUGUUGGAGGUUAUUAUUGUGUAGAAGGAGCAGCUUUUGAGAGACCCUCAGAUGGAGUGACAGGAAAUAUUUGUCCAGUUGGACACUAUUGUCCUCCAGGCUCAGAUUUUCCUAUAGAAUGCCCGGAUGGCACAUUCUCAAACACAACAGGAGCAGAGUUGUGUGAAGACUGUCCCGUGGGAACAUACUGUCUGUCAGGUGAAGGUGUCCAGCCCUGUCCAGCUGGUCAUUACUGCCUUGGUGGAGGUGUUGAGGGGAUUCUGCCUUGUCCGCCUGGCACAUUCAACCCUCGCUUUGGCCUCAGUCAGGUGGAGCAGUGCCUCGUUUGUCCAGCAGGAUUUUACUGUGAAGACUGGGGGCUGUUUGAGCCCAGUGGACCCUGUCAGGCUGGUUACUACUGCCAAGCGGGUGUAAACUUUGAGAAUCCAGACAGCAACUUCAGCACAGGAAUAGGAGGAGUAUGCCCCAAGGGGAGUUACUGUCCUGUGGGCAGCAGUCUGCCUCUGGCCUGUCCACCAGGGACUUACUCCAACAGUCUUUAUCUGACAGAUGCCUCUGGCUGUAGUCCAUGUCCAGCGGGUCAAUACUGUGGCGCUCCAGGUCUAACUCGCCCGUCUGGUCCCUGCAAGCCCGGAUCUUACUGUCCAGGUGGAGACACGACAAGCACAGGAGGACUUUGCCCACCAAGUCAUUACUGCCCCGAGGGGAUUGAUAGCCCAAUGCCGUGCCCUGCAGGAACCUACAACAACCUGACGGGUCAGCCAGUGUGUUCCCGCUGUCCUGCAGGAUAUUACUGCCCCGAAAUGACUGGCAAUUUUACUAAAUUCCCUUGUCCCCAUGGUUUCUACUGCCCCGAUGGAACUAGGCAUGCCACCCAAUUCCCUUGUCCUCGGGGAUACUACAACCCAGAGCCAAUGACUCAGAGUCUGGAUAGUUGCCUGCCUUGUCCUCCAGGACACUACUGUGAGAAAGAACGGCUGACCAAAGUGUCUGGAAAAUGCAAGCCUGGGUGGUUCUGUGUGUCAGCAGCAUGGAACUCUCAGCCCUUUGACCUGGACAAUUACACAAAUGCCAACUGUCUAUGUCCAGCAACCUCCACAGGGGGGCGCUGUCAAGUGGGCUUUUAUUGUCCUCUGGGAAGUCCUGAGCCCUUACCCUGUCCCCCAGGAGCCUUCUGCAACCUUUCUGGUUUAGCUUUGCCAGCGGGUCCUUGUUCCCCUGGGUAUUACUGCACUGGAAGAGCCACUGGGGCCAAGCCAAUUGAUGGGAAAACAGGGAACAUCUGUCCUCCUGGAACAUAUUGUGCUGAGGGCUCAGGAGAGCCAGAGUUGUGUCCACCUGGUACCUACUCCCCAGUAUCUGCGCUGACUAAUGAGGCUGGCUGUCAACCUUGCUCUGCAGGCUUCUAUUGCCAAGGAGCGGGACUCAUCUCUCCAACAGGACCAUGCAGCCAAGGUUACUGGUGUCCUCCUGGUCAGACUGUGGCUACAGCUCUACCAUGUCCUCCCGGUCACUUUUGCGUGGAAGGCAGCUCAGCUCCUGAGCCCUGUCCAUCAGGGUCGUAUCAGAAUAGAGGCAAACAGGCUUCCUGCUCUAUCUGUGAGGAAGGGUACUACUGUGAUGUGAGACUGGGUGCAGCCAAUCUUUCCUCACUGAGGCCUUGCCCUAAAGGACAUUACUGUCCUGCAGGUACAGCCCUCCCCACCCAGCACCCCUGCCCCAUAGGCUCCUUUAACCCGAGCGAGCGCGCACAUAGUCAAACUAGCUGCCUUCCAUGUGCCACAGGACAUUACUGUCCUUUUGUUGGACUGUCAGAGCCGGCAGGCGCUGUAGCUCCUGAGGUCUGCCCUGAAGGAACUUGGUCCAACCGCUCAGGCCUGCGUAGCCGGGAAGAUUGUACACCCUGUCUGGGCGGAUUUUACUGUGACUCGGCUGGCCUCACUAAACCCAGUGGAUUGUGUAACGCAGGUUAUUACUGCAUGGAGGGAGCAGUAACAUCAACCCCUACAGAUGGAGAUACAGGGGGACCCUGCCCUGAGGGUCACUACUGCCCAGAGGGAUCUGUUCAGCCUGUGCCCUGCCAUCCAGGGACCUAUGUUACUGUUACACAAGCUACUCAGUGUGACCUUUGUUUGUGGUUCUAUUAUUGA